AUGUGGUUGUGUUGGAUGAGGGAGAGAGAAAAGACGGGUGAGAGAGCUUCCGAGAAUACCCCAUAUCUAGUAAACGGCAGGGCAGUUCCGUCCAUCUACCGCUCGCUUCAGGGAACGAUACCGGGGUUGUUGAGCAUUGGGUUGACAUGUAGAGUCAUUGCGGUGAAGCUUUACUCAACGAUACCCCACACCUGCCUAGCCACAAGGGAUGCUGCACUCUGA